AUGCCGAUGUCACUCAUUAAGAAGAUCGUCAUUGCUUGGAUUCUGAAGGCCAUGGAGGCCAUCGCUCUCUUGGACACUAUCACCUCGUUCUGGUCCUCCCUGCUCAGCAACGCGAGAGCAGAGCUGCUCUUGGCCGAGGCCAUUUUCCGAGGCCUUUUACCUGGUGUCAUGAAGCUCCUCUCGUCCCUUUUUCGUGAACCCUUCCCUUCUCUGGAACGCCUCAUGUCUCUUCUGCAGGCCACUCGGUACCUCAGGCAUUGGGGGGUCUACUUGAAGCUUGCCAUACCCAAGUCUGGCUUCGAUCUGCCUAUCUUGCUCUACGUUGGCUCUGCUACUGGCGUGCUCGGGUUCAUUGGUCGCUUCAUGUCGCACCUCUCGGCAAUGAUUCGGGGCAAGUCCGACGGCUUCUACGAGCUUUGGCACGAGCACAGCGACAAGUACGAGAUCGUGUACCUUGAGCUCUUGUGUCUUCCCGAGUUCUCGCACCGAAACGCCUCGAAUUGGUUGCGUGUUCAGGCCAGUCUCCUUUGCUUGCUUGCCGAGUCUGUCCUCAUGCUCCUCUUCGGUGCCCACUCGGUCUUGUACCAGGGCUCGGAUGCCGUUGCCUUCACCUUCUCGACUUCCUCUGCCUCGGCCUCGGCUACCCAUCCUUUCGUCAAGCCCACAAACCGCUCCGAUCCGCUCAAGACGCCCCCUACCAAGAAGCAUGGCGAGGCGACGCGCGACAAGGGCGACUUGUCGUGCACACUCUGCGGCAAGUUGUUCCAGACGCCCCUCGCUUACGCUCGUCAUAUGCGCCAUCGUGCGCCGCCGCGGCUCAGCCCAACCCCUGCUCACAAUGCGACAAGUCGCUCAACGUGA